AUGCCUUUAGAGGGUAGAGCAGGAGGGAGCGGCGGGGAUCGCGGCGGGUGGUCGCCUAGCAGCAGCACGGCCGUCGAAGCGCUGAUCUGGAAAGCCGUCGUCGCCGACACAUCCGACGGCUGGAAUGCUUGGACCGACGAUUCCGAUUCGACCACCGCCUCUUUGAACGGUUUCAAUGCGCUGGCUGGUUUGAUCGGGUUUGACGGCGCCAGGCCGGUCGUUUCCCCGUCUGCUGCCGCCGGCUUCGCCGCUGCCGCCUCUCACGAUUCAGCAGGGCACCGCCGAGCCGCCCUUGCGAUCGGUUCGCUAUGGUGGUGGCCGUUGCUGGUCGGCGUGAAACUCGGGAUACGCGGCGGCGCGAAUGCCGUGAGCGCUCCAACUGUCGGAAGUACUGGCAGAUGGGAUGACUCGUUGGACUAUCAGCAUUGGGAUUGGUCGCGAUUCGGCGCGUCUGAUUCAACCCCCGCGGCAGUCCAGGGACGCCGGGCAGGGGUGUGGCGGGGGCGUUUGGGGGAAUGGCGCGGGGAGAUGGCGCAAUGGCGGGGCUGGUGGCGGAAGCUGUUGGGGGAAUGGGGGGGCACGGCGGCAGCUGCGGCGGGAAGUGCGGCGGCUGGGGUUUUCCUGCUGAACGUGCUCGCGGCGCUUUAUGGAACGAGCACCGUUGCCGCCAAGCUCGUUGACGACCAGCCGGUGUCGCUGCCGUCAUCUUUGACGGCCGCCGUCAGGUUCACCGCGGCGGCAGUCGUCUUCUCCCCUGUCAUCUUCGCCAUCCUGUCGGAGAGGACCGCGCGGAAACCCCCGCGCACUGACUGCAGGGAAACGGCGGGGGUUCCGCGUAACGGCGGAGCUGGAGCGGGGAACCCUGCUGCAGGCGGAGCAGCGGCAGACGAGAGGAGGGUGCGCGGGAAGGAAGGGCGCGAGGAGGAGGGUUCGCUAGAGGGGACGAGCAACAGGUGGGAAGGCGAUUGGUGGCGGGAGGAGGGGGUGAUACUAGGGGGCAUGGAGCUGGCGGGAUGGAGUUUCUUGGGUACGCUGCUGCUGCAACACGCCAGCAACACCAACGGCACCACCGCCGCUCUGCUCUACGCCUUCUCCAUCUGUUUUCUCCCGCUGAUGGAGCUCUCCUCUGGUCGCGCGCUCCACCGCUCCACGCUCCUCGCCGUCGUCGCCGCAUUACUCGGCAUGGGCCUACUGGGAGAGUACCACCACGCGCACUCUCUUCUCCUCCUCCUCCCCGGCGGCGGAGCCGACUCUGGCGCGCUCUCCCCUCCGCGAAGCUUCGACCUGAGCUCGAUCCUCGGGUCGCUCCUCGCCGCCGUGCAGAUCUUCCGCUCCGAAGCGCUCACCACGCGCUUCGACCCGCUGCGCCUCUCCGCCGUGCAGGCCGGGUCGCUCGCGCUGCUCGGGCUCGGCUGGGAAGCCCUACACGUGGCAGGCGGCGGUCUCGACGGCGUAUUGCGGCUCGCGGAGGAGAUUAAAGCCAUCCCGUGGCUUCCGCUGGUGUACGGAGGCGCGGUAGGCUCGGGGCUGUGCGUGUGGUUGGAACUAUGCGGAUUAAGGCGCGUUCCGGCGUCUAUCGCUAUGCUGGUGUACACUUCUAUACCCGUUUGGGGCGCUCUGUUAUCGUUUGCGGUGAGAGGCGAGGCGCCUGGGGUUUCAGUGGCAACGGGGGGAGUGAUGAUUGUGGGGGUGAGCGCGCUUGCGCAUUGGCUGCUGGUGGAAGGGGAGAGGGAGAAGGAACGGGAGAGGGACGAGGAGAGGCGGAGGAGGGAGGGACUUUCGCAGGAAGCGGUGGCACAGGCAGGAGGUGCAGAGGCUGUGGUCGCACAGGCAGCAGUCGCACAGGCAGCAGUCGCACAGGCAGUAGUUGCACAGGCAGGACUCGCAGCGGGCGCGGGGCAGCGGCGAGCCGGUGCAUUGGCGAACGGGCGCAUUCGAUGGCGGGUGCUGGGCGACGCGGAAGCCGCGCAGCAGGCGGAGAGAAUGGAAUGGGCGGAAAGCGCGGAGAGGGCGGAAACGGGAGAAGGGGCGGAAGCAGGGCCUCGGAAGAUGGGAAAGGUUGGAGAGGUUGAGAUGGGGAAGAUGGGGGAGGAAAAAGGACGGAACGUGGGCGGGAGUGAGCCUGGGGAGGAAGUGGGAAACGGAGGAGAGAACAGCAGCAGCGGCAGCAGCGGGCAGAUGAGGGAGCAGAUAUCUGUUGCGCUGGUGACCUCGCAGCUCAAGUACCCAUGCUAUGCCGUGCAGGCGAAGCGAGUGCUGGUGGAGCUUCAAGUCAACCUGGGCCUGGGUGUUCACAAGACGCUCAACUCCUCCUCCCCUCCCCUCUUCUUCCUCUCCUCCCCCUCUCCCCUCAACCCCACCGGUUCCUUAUCCUCUCCUGUCCUCUCCUCUCCCUCCUCUGCCCCCUCCGCUGCCGCCCCCUCUGCUCCCUGCGUCUCUGCUCCAUGCUCAUCCGCCGGCCCUGCCAUCCCCACGACUUGGUCUCUGCAAUCAACCCAGCCACUCUCCGCCUCUCCUCCUGCCUCCACUGCUGGCAGCAGCAGCAGCAGCAGCAGCAGCAGCGGCAGCAACAUAGCUUCCUCCUCCCCAUCCCCCACCCCUGCUGCACCCACCCCUACAGCACCCACCCCCACCGCAUCCAACCUCACAACAUCGUCUGCCUCCUCCCUCUCCUCCGCCACCACUCCCACUUCCUCGUCCUCUCCCGCUUCCAUUCCCCCGUCCACUGCCAGUUCCUCCCCAACGCCUGCCACCUCUGCCAUGAGCACCGGCUCUGUUGUCUCGUCCACGUCCGCCCUCUCGCCCACCAUUGCAGCAUCACCAAGCUCUGUAGCAGGAUCCAACCUCACUACAGCCACUCCUGCUCCUGCCACUCCUGCUGGCAGUCCUGCUGGGGGAAGUCCCUCCAGUCUUAUUCCGAGCAGCACAGGAUCGUCUUUAGCUACUACUACCACCAGCACCACCAGCACCAGUUCGACCACCUCCUCCUCAUCUGCCCCAUCAGCCACACCCCUUGCCUCAGCAGACACACCACAUUCCGCAGCUGCCAAAGCACAGGCAUCCUCAGCCUCUACUGCAUCAGAUCCCUCUAUCAGCUGUUCUGUAUCAGCAUCAUCACCAUCAUCAUCAGCACAAUCCUCAUCAUCGUCAUCGUCGUCAUCGGCAGCAGCAGGGGAUGGGUCGGGUGCAGCGGCCAUGGCUGCAGCAGGGGCAAUGCAGGCUGUGGAGGCAGGGGCGGAGCUGGGUGCUGCUGCUGCUGCUGGCAUGGCUGAGAAGGCCAUGGGGGAGCAGAUGCUGGGAGAACAAAUCCUUGGGGAACAAUUAUUUGGAGAGCAGAUGCUUGGGGAACAAGUGCUAGGAGAGCAAUCAGCGUCAUUGGGGGAGCACCUUACUCUGGCUACUGAACAGCUGUUGGCUCUAGACCCAGCCCUGGUCCCCAUUGAAGAGCUUGCACUGGCGGAAGAGCUGAUCCUGCCAGAGGUUGUUGCUGAAAGUAUCCCGCAAGUUGCUGAGAAGCUUCCGACUGUCGCUGAGAACCUUCCCAGGCUCGUCGAGGAGUUCCCAAAGGGGGUGUUUCAGGGGGUGGCCCAGGAGUCUUCGGUUGUGCUUGCAGGACUGGAAGCAGAAAUGGAGGCAGUUUUGGAAGUGGGCGCGUCGGCCGCCGCUGCAACAGCUGCGGUUGCAGCUGAAAUUUCAGGAGCCAUGGACUCGGUACUGGCGCUGGAAUCGUUGUCGCUGGUGCAGGCACUUGGUGCUGAUGGUGGUGCCGAUGGUCUAGUUAUUGCUGGUGUGCGCCUUGUCUUUGAAUUCACUGAAUGGUGUAAUUCCGCGAUUGCCACCUUCCCGCUCAUCCGACUCCCCUUGUGUUCCGCCUUCCCCCAUCUCCCUUUUCCGCAUUGCCCACUCGACGACGACAACGACGAGCGGGAGCUGCAAGUGAUAUGGCGCGAGUACAAGGCGGCGGGCAUGCAGGACUCGUUCCGGUUUCUGGGAAUCUUCCUGGAGUCGUUUAUCCGGAUAUACGAGGACUGGAAGCCAGAGCCCCCCCAGAGGGACAAGGCCGGCAGCGGCAAGGGGGGAGAUGGGGGGCGCAUGCGCCUGGGGUUCCGCUCUAGUGGCGGAGGGGACGGGGGAGCUGGGGCGAGGGGCACGAUUGUGGGGUGCGGGCAGGGCCAUCCGACGGCUGUGAUUCAGCAGAUGGUGUUCGAGAUCAAGAACACCAUUCCUGCCAUCCUGGAGAUGGAGUCAGAGGACCUGUCGGACCGGGCCUUUGUGCUCAACCUGCUGUGUGCGCUCACCAUCGCUCUGCGCUCCGCACACAACCGCCGCGUCUUUGCCUUCUAUGAUGGAUACGCCGCACUCACCAUCCUAUUUAAAGACGUAGUUGCUCAGUUUAAGUCGGUGCAAGGCAUGGCAACAGCAGGCAGGCAACGCCACUCCCGCCCCACCUCCCCCGAUACCUCCUCCCCCCCUUCCCCCGAAGCCUCGGACCCCCUCCUCUCCCCUAUCCACCCCCCCUCCGCCUCCUCUACCCGCCAAUCCCCCCCCUGGGGGGGAGCCGGCUCAGGGAUCUCCGACCCGCAUGAGACAAGCCACGCCGGCCACACGCGGGUCAGGGGGAGCGGCAGCGGGGGAGGAGGGGAUGGAGGGGGAGGGUCGAGUAAUCAGGAGUUGCUGAUGCAGCUGCGGCGGCAGCAGAGGUUUCUGCAAAGCGUGGUGGUGCAUCUGCUGCCGUGUCUGGUUGGGAUUUUCCACACAGAGCUCACUCGUGUGGUGGCCUCUGCCAAGAGAAAAGCAGCAGCGGCGGCAGCAGCAGCAGCGGCGGCGGCGGCAGCAGCUAGUUCAGCAGAACAGUCGAACCUCUUUGCGCCGAAUCUGUUUGCGGCGAUUGGGGGGGGGAUUGGGGGGGGGAUGGGGGGAGGGAUGGGGGGCGCGGGAGGGAGAGGGGGAGGGAGUGGGGGCAGUGGAGGGGGGGAUGGGAGUGGGGAUGUGGAGGAGGGGAGUGCGCGGAUGAGUCAAGUGUUGGUGGAGCUCCAUGGCAUAGACUCCUUGCUUGGACAGGGGCAACCGGGCAGCGUCUCCGCUGCUGCUGCUCUCGCUGCAGCUGCUGCGUCUGGCCUCUGCGCUCAGCCGCUCAGCCCACCGCACGCUCUGCAACUGCGGCAGCCUCUCCCUGCUCGUGCAGCUGCUAGGACGGCCGCCUUCCUCAAGGUGAGAUUCGUGGCUGCUGACUCUUAUUCAGGUAAGAAGGUUCUAGGUGCUGCUGGAGAGGUUGCCUCCUUUCAGUAUUCCCGAGGGCGACUAGCUCGUAGAGGAGCAUUUGAAGGUAUUUCCACGGUCCUCGUGCUUACCUCCACCUGCCUCCCCCCUCCCCUUCCCGCUCCCCCCCCUUUCCCCCUCCCUCCCUCCCCUCCCCCUUCCGUGACUGUGCGGUGCUGCUGGGAGCAGUAUUCCCGAGGGCGAUCAGCUUGCAUUGGAGGAGCACCUGGGGGUGCAACUGCUGACCCUGGUGGUGAUCCGGGAAGCAUGGUGCGUCAAGAAGAGACGAUUCUACCUUCUCUCUCUCUCUCUACCUAUCCUACCCGAUCCCAUUCCUUUCACAUCCUCUACACCACGCCCAUGCUUUGCUUCCCCAGCCUCAUCCCAUCUCACUCUUCUCUUCCUCUUCCUUACUACUCCCAUCUUUCUCCCCCUUCUCUCCUCCUCCCCUCCUCUCCUCUCCCCUCCCCCCUUCUCCCCUCCCCGCUCCUCCCCCUCCCCCCACGUCCCCCUCCCCCCACCAGCUACGCGUCCCCCACGUGUCUGGCACGUCUGCACUCCCUAUCGCUCUUCCCCCGCAUCUCCCGCCUGCUGCAGUGGGCUGCUCGCACCUUCUCCGCGCCCCCUGUCCCCUCCUCCUCGGAAAGCUCCCUCAUGCCUCCGCCCCCUCUCCCCGCCUCCUCCUUCCUCUGCACCUCCGAUUCCAUUCUCACGAUCGAUGUCCGAAGGCGAUACGCUGUAGAAACCCUCCUAGACACGUUCCGGUUACCACACGAGGGGAAGUCAGGGCCGGGAGGGGGAGCAGGCGAGGUGAUGAGCAUGGACGACCUAGCACUGCAGGACUACUUCCGAAACACCUCCUGUACUCUCCAGUGCCACGUGCUGUCUAUUCUCAGGAGGGUGCUGGGCGAGUCGCCGUCUGCACUGCAGCUGCUUCGGGAUGCUGGUGCCUGGCCUACGCUCUUCUCUGAUCGCUUCUUUUUCUUUGACUCCACCACUGUUGCUGAUUGUGCCCCGUCGACUCACGGUGGUGGUGCGUUUGGGGGGUUUGCGCACCCUUUUUCGUGGCGCGGGGCGGCUGGGAAUGGGGAAGGGGGGGCAGGGGACGGGAAGGGGAAGCAUGUGCGGCGGAGGUCGACUGGAGGGGGGCUGGUGUUAGGGUUUGGGUUGGAAGGUGGAGGAGCAGCAGCAGGAGGAGGAGUCGGAGGAGCAGCAGGAGCAAGGGGAGCAGGGGGAGCAGGGGUAGCAGGGGGAGCAGGAGGGGCAGCAGGGGCAGGAGGAGCAGGAAAGGCAGACGGGGGGUUGGUAGUCCCGGCUCCUGCGGGCGAUCGCCGGCCGCGCAUGCGCAAGUCUCCCAGCACUUCCAGCAGUUACGAGGCGAGCAAGUUUGAGGAGUUCACAGGAGCAGCCAUGGCAGCAGCAGGUGGCGUGGGUACCGUAGCCGCACGGGCUCUUCGCCGCCUCGCCUCCCCAAACCUCCCCCCUUCCUCAGGCACCAAGUCCACCUCCCGGCCUAACUCUCCGUCUAUCUUUGCGGUUGAUCCUCAUGGUGUGGCCGCUGCGAAUGUGGCUGGUAGUAGAAUGCUUUCCCCUCUCUUGCACCCGUUUGGGUUGGAUGUGAGGGGCGGGGGUGAGGGAGGGUUGGGCGGAGGGGGAGGGGGAGGGGGAGCGGACGGAGCGCUUGAGUAUGUGGCAGUGGGGGAGAGUACGGAUGCCGAGACGCUGCGGAUGAACGUGGUGGCUUUCCUGGAAGUUGCCGCGUCGCUUGAUGGGUUGGCAAAUGUGGAGCCUGAGUGUGCAGCGCUGCUAACAGCACUGAGGCAAGCUGCCAUAUGCGCCUCGGCGUGUGUCAUGCUGGCACGCUGCUUCCAGCGCCUGCAGCAGAUCGUGGGCGAUCUCUUUGUCGAAGCGAUCAUAGCCGUCGAUGCGCUCGCCACCAUCGCUGCAAUCAUGACACGUCAGCAGCAUUACCGCCCCGCUGCUGCUGCUGCUGCCACUGCUCCACCCACCUCCCUCCCGUUCUCGUUCGCCCCUAUGGGAGGAAGGAUUACGGGUGGAGGAGGCGGAACGACAAGUGCUGCUGGUGGCACUGCUGCUGCUGGUGCAGCUGGUGGUGGUGGUAAUCAAGGCGGAGGUGGGUUUGGAGCGAGUGGGUCUGGAGGAGGAGGAGGAGGAGGAGGAGGAGGAGGAGGAGGAGGAGGAGGAGGAGGAGGAGGUGGAAGCUCGCUUCUCCCUCUCCCCCCAUCUAGACGCGGCUCUUCCUCGUCCGCACUGCCCCUCCCGCCCUCCAUGCCACAAGCUUCAGGGGACGCAGCAGGAGGGGCAGGCAGCGAGGGGGGCACUGGGGCCGCUGGCUCUUCUGCUGCUUCUUCUGGUGCGUUUGGUGCUGGUUCCGGUUCCGGUCUCAGUGCUGCUCCUGGGAGCAGCAUGCAGAGAUUCGGAGGAGGCGGAGGAGGAGGAAGAGGCGGGGCGGUGGAGCGAAGCAGCAGCGCCAAUGCUGCGGACAGUAGCCGGCCAGGUGACUCCAACACCACCCUCACCAGCAGCAGCAGCAGCGGCGCCAUCAGCAGCAGCAGCAACACCGGCGGCGGCGGCGGCGGCAGCAGCAGCAAGGCGCCGAGUGAGGUGCCGUGGAAUGUGCGCAUGGCGAUAUUCACUCUGCUGGAGGCGCUGUUAGGAUCGUCCACCACGGUGGUGCGAGCAGCGUCACGCAGCGCUGCUCUGGCGGACACGGUGUUCAAGCUCGUGGUGGAGCAGAAGACCCGGUCCAUGGCUCUCCGUCUCGUCAUCUCGCUCAUCAAGGUAUCGGAGGCGGAUGCAGCGGGGGAGGGCACGGUGUUUGUAUCACGGCUGAUGGAGGCGUUUGCGCACGCCAAGGGCGACAGCCACACGCACGGGGUCGCUGUUCUCGCUGACCUCCUCACUGCCCUCCGCCACAUCGUCGACUUCGACCCUCCUCGUUUCCAAGAGUUGUUUCUGGACGCGCAGUGCGGGCUGCAUCUGCUCUCGCUCCUCAACGGCACCUACCAGCCAGCAGACGGGCAGCAGCUCGCCCUGCAGGUCCUGCGCACGCUCACGCGCCUGCUUGCCGGGAACGACACCGCCAAAGCAGUCAUGAGGCGCCUGGGCGACCCGGGGUAUGCGCGGCUGUCCCAGAUGCUGCUGGAGCAGUACAGAGGGCGGCCCACAGGGCAGCUGCUGCUGUGCGUCAUGGACUUUGUCGUGGAUGGGAGCUUCGCUCCCCGCACCAACAUGCUCAUUCAGAACGAGGAUGCAGUGGUGCUCUUCAUCUCCCUCCUCCGCAAGGCGGACGGGCACCUAGUAGGCGAGGGCCUGGAAACCCUGGAAGGCCUGGUGGCCUCCUCCACUGCCAACUGCGCCUCCUGCGUGCGAGCGGGCCUCAUGUGGCUGCUCCUAAACUGGAUGCCCGAAGUCCAAGACGACAACACCCUCGCUCAAAUCGGCCGGUUGUUGGAGGCGGUCGGAGGGCACAGCAUCGGAGGGAAGGAUAUGAGCGCGAUCUUCUCGCUGCUGAGAAGCACCAAGGAUGGGUGCCGGCCAAGGCACGCCACGCUGCUGAUUCGCACGCUGCAGGCUCUCGUGAAGGACGAUGGGCCGCCGGUGUUUUUUGAGUUGAAUGGGAAGAACUCGGGGAUUGAUGCGGCGGCGCGGCCGUUCCGGUUUCCGACGGCGCGAGGGUAUACGUUUUGCUGCUGGCUGCGAGUUGAGGCGUUUCCGGCGACUGUUGUUUCGAGCACGAGCGGGGAUGCGGGGAAAGGGGGGAAGCCUGGGGGGGGAGCAGGGGGUGGGGGAGUGGGGGGAGGUGGGGGAGAGGGGGCAGGAGGGACGGUGGUGGAUGGGCCGUAUGAUGGGGCGAUGGGACUGUUCCGGUUUAUGACAGAGUUCAAGAGGGGGUGCAGUGCGCUUAUCAGCCCAAGCAGUCUUAUUGUGCAGGUGCCGGUGGGCAGUGGGGGCAGGGAGCCGGAGUUCAUAUUCAACUACCCCUUCCAUGCCAAGCGCUGGUACCACAUCGCCAUCUCACACUCCGUGGCUACCUUUGCCACCGCCGCCACGCUGCGCCUCUUUGUGGACGGGAAGCUCAUCGAGACCGGCCGCAUGGGCUACCCCAAGAUCUACGACCCGCUGGUAGAAUGCACUAUAGCUGCCGCCGUGCCUCUACCAGAAGACCCCGUUCUCGCCCUCCGCAUGCCCAUGCACGCGCCCCCUCCCCCCCGCCGCUCCGCUGCUUUCCGCGGCCAGAUCGGCCCCAUAUACCUCUUUGAGGAUGCUCUCGUGUCCUCUCAAGUGGAGGGGAUCUACCUCCUGGGUCCUGGGUACAUGUAUUCGUUUCUGCCCGGGGAAUCCGGGCUGCCCAAGGAGGGUCCUGCGGCGCAGAUUCUGUCGGAUUCGAAGGAUGGGCUGUCCGCUAAGAUUGUCGCGAGCUUCAAUGCACAGGCAAGCCAGGGCCGCACCAUAUUCAACACAGCGCCCAUCCUCGACGCGCCCUCCGACGCGCCUCUCUGCGACACGGCAGCCAUCAUGCCGGGCGUGCAGCUGUGCUCGCGGCAGCGCGUGCAAGACGUGAUCAACUGUGUCGGAGGCAUAGCAGUCCUCUUCCCGCUCUUCACCCAGCUGGACCAACCCGUGGAAGGCCAGCACCAGCCGCAGCGCUCCUCCCGCUUCAAAGACGAGCCUCCCGCGGGCGUCGACCCGCAUCUAGCCCUCGACGUGAUCGGGCUACUCACGGCGGUGCUCGCCGGGAACCGCACGAGCCAGCAGUACAUGCUCUCCGCGCACGGGUUCGGAGUGAUUAACUUCCUCCUGCAGCGCGUGUCCCCGCAGCAUCUCUCGGUGAAAUUCGUUCUCGCGAUGGAGAAUCUCGUCGGAUGUAUCUCCCACGAGCGGGGGACAGAUCAGGGCCUCGCUGAAAUCCUCACCGUCGAUGCCAUCUGCCGGCUGUAUCUCGAUCCGAUGGUCUGGAUUUACACCUCAUACGCUGUGCAGCACGAGCUGUACACCUCCCUGCUGCGACUCCUAGAGAAGGAAGGAGAGCCGGCGCGUCUCCGCGCCUUCUGCACGCUCCAACGGCUCCUCGACAUGGUGCGGCAGUUCUACUGGGAGAAGGCGCAGGGCCCGCACGCCAUCGGCACGCGCCCCCUCGUGCACCCCGUCACCCGCUCCGUCAUCGCUGUUCGUCCCAGCUCGGCCGAAAUCGCGAAGCUUCGCUUGCUCGUGCUCGGGCUAGCGGACCGGGUCAUUCGAGACGGACUCUCCCUGCCAGAAGUAAAAGCCGUGGUGGCGUAUCUGGAAACGAGCAAGGAUAUAGUAGCGAUGGAGGAUGUGUUACACUGCAUGCUGGGUCUCCUCGGCCGCACCCCCUGCCUCUCCUCCGUCCUCUCCCACGUGCAUUCCAUCGGAGGCUGCCACAUCUUCCUCUCCCUCAUGACCCGCUCUCUCGAAGGCGUGCGGCUCCUCGGUCUGCGUCUCCUCGGCACUAUCUUCAGUGCAACGCCCACGGAUCGGCGGUCGGGAGCAGAUGCGUACGCGUGGGCGUCGAGCACGGGGAGGGAGGCGUUUGAGAGUGCGGGAGGGGGCGAGCCUGCGGCGAUGGAGGAGUCGUAUGCUCGCACGCUGUGGACGCAUGUGGAGUCGUCGCUCUCUGCGUUUCCCUUCUCGCCGGCUACUCGAGCUGCGCUGUUUGACGUGCUGCUGGGGGGAGCGAGCUCUAAAGAGGCCAUGCGCAAGUGGUCCAACCUCUACAAGAGCGGGCUAGGACGCUUCCAGGAAGGCCUGCGGGACUCAGCAGGCACAGCACUCCUAGAAGCCGGGGGGAGCAGCAGCGGUGUCGUAGCCAUCAUGGUAGUCCCCCAGGUCUUACGAGUGGUCCUGCGCUUACUACGCGCCUGCACGCCUGAUCUCCGCACGGCUGUCCUCCGCGAUCUGCUCGUUCUGCUGGAUUCAGAUGAUUCGAAUAUGAGCGUGUUUCUGCAGCAGGUUGGGUGGCAGGACUGGCUGCUGAUGGUGCUGCUCGCGGUGACGAGCGGGCAGCGGGACGGGAUGGGGAUGGGUGGCGAAGGGGAGGACUCGGGGGUGAUCCUAGAGGAGGACUUGGAUUUAGAUGAGUAUGAGGCGGGGAUGUUGGAGGAGGAGGAGGAGAUGGAGGGGGAGAGCGAGGAGGAGCAGUUGAUCUGGCAGCUCUUUGCGUGCCUGCAUGCACAUGCGCUGAUUAAUUUCAAGAAUGGCGCAGAGCACGUCACCACCACCAUCACCUAUAUCCAGCUGCUGCAUGUUGCUGCUCGCUCCUGCUCCUAUCCAUUCCCAUGCUAUUCCCCCCUCCUCUCUUCCUCCUCUCCUCCUCAUCUUUUCCACCUUUCCUCCUCAUCUUUUCCUCCUCUCUUUCCCCUCUCUUCCUCCUCUCUUCUUUCUCUCUUCCACUUCCUCUCCCUCCUCUCUCCCCCCUCGCUCCUCCCGUCUCCCUGCUCUCUUCUUACUCUGCCUCUCUAUUGUCCUCUCCCCAUCUCCUCUCCUCUACCCUGCCCCUCUCCCCCGCCCCUCUCCCCCUCUCCUCUCGCCCGCCCCUCUUGCCCACCCGUCUCCCCCUCUCCUUUCCCUCGCCCCUCUCCCCCUCUUCCCUCCCUUCCCCAACAGGCGUCGGUGUGGACGAAGCGGGUGUUAGCAGACGUGUUUGAGGCGCUCUGUGUGCUGUGCCCCUCAGAGGACACCAUGAACGCCGUUCCCCUCCGGGAUAACUUCUCCCUCCUCCUCACUCUGCUUGAUGAGUGCACUGUUGACGACUCCCGCCAACUCUUCCAGGACGAGUUGAUGGAGGAGGAGACCUUGUCAGGGGGCUAUGUGGACCUCGGAUCCUCCCAACCGCUCAGGAGCACGUUCCCUGACAUCCAGCGACCGCAGCAGCGCUACCAGCGCCCAGAGCUCCCUCCGGACGAGGCAGCAGCGCGCUGGCGCCUGUUCGACCGCGUGUGGGCCUCCUUCUCAGUGCUCUCCGGCGCUCAAGACCCCUCCGCCUCUGCCUACUCCCAGGCCCAACUCGAGCAGCAGCAGCAGCAGGCCAUGAGCUAUUUCUCCCUCGCUGGAAUCAGCAGGACAGGGCUGGCUCUGGUGGGGUCUGGUGGGGGGGGUGCGGACGGGGGGAGGGGCGCGUCGGGGCCGGGGGAUAAGGCGACGAGGCAGAGGAAUGAGCACUGUUUGCAUGUGGCGUUUCGGCUGGUGCUGUUUUAUUUGUACGAUGCGGAGCUGGAGGCUACGUCUCAGUGCAUGCAGCAGUUUGCUCUGAUCCUGCCCGCGCUGCUGCACUCGUGUGCGGAUACCACCUCGCUCAGAAACCACCUGCACCUCUUCCUCUGGGCUCUCGUCCAGGCUCGGGAGAAGCUGGAGCAGCAGGCUCGGGACCGGCUAGCAGCGCGGGAGGCAGGGAGGGAGGCGGGCGCGAGGCAGCACAUAGCAUCGCAAUUGAUCCGCGAAGUGGUGGAGAGAGCAAAGUCUGUGCUCGUGGCUUCCAUUGCGGAGAGGAGGCCGGGCGGUGGGGGCAGCGUGGGGGAUUUCUCAGUUUACAGCCUGCUGCAGCAGGAUCGAGUGCAGGAGGCGCUGAAGGAGGAGGAGGCGUUGGUGGAGGUGAUAGGAGAGCGGCGCAUGCAGGCCCCCGAGGCACUGCGGGGCGAGGUGGGGGAGAGGGAGGCCGUGGAGAGGGAGCUACUGGAGGCCAUGGAGGAGCACAGGCGCGCCAUUCUCACAGAGCUGACUACGGAGGAGAGCAAGAGGCGCGCCACGGUCCGCGUGGGCUACGAGGAGGAGCAGCAGUUCCUGGCUGGCCGGUGGAACCAGCUGUUCCGGGAUCUGACAAACGAGCGCGGAGCGUGGUCGCCCGGGCGCCUGCCCACAGACGCGCCCGCACGCUGGAAGCUCGACAAGAUGGAGGACCCUAUCCGCCGCCGCUUCCGCCUGCGCCCCAACUACCGCUUCAACCCCGUGCUCUGCACGCCCGCCUCCUCCGCCUCCACUACCUCCUCCGCUCUCGCGUCCCCCUCCUCUGUCAAGUCCCCCAACAGCGGCGCUGCGUCCCCCAUGCUUCUCUCGCCUCUCGGCGGCGGCGCCGGGUACUUGAACUCUCCGCUGACUGCUGCGACGAAAACGCCCGCGCAGACGGCGGCGGCGCAGGCGGUGCUGCUGCUGAAGGGGCUGAGAGGAGUGCAGGCACAGUUAGAAGCAGCCGCAGAGGAGGCCCAUGUGGAGAACGAUGCAAUGGAGGAAGCGGCUGUGAGAGAGCAGGAGGAGGCGGGAUCUCCUAAGGUGAACAAAUUCGAGGAGGGUUUGGGCGAUGAGAUGUCGACAGAUGAGCCGGCAGAUGAUGUGGUGCUCAUGUCUGUGCCCUGUGUGUUGGUGACUGCGAAACGGAAGCUGGCUGGGAGGCUGGAGAUUAUGAGGACAGUCGUGCAUUUCCACACGGAGUUUGUGGUGGAAGGGAAUGGGAGCGCGUCUGUGUUUGAUCAGAACGGGCAGCUCAGACACGACACGGCCGCGACGGCAACCGCGGCUGCUUCUGCUGCGGCUGCGUCUGCUGCAACAGCAACUGGGGCAUCUGGCCCCUCUUCUGCCUCCUCUGCUUCCGCCACCACUGCUCCUGCACCCGCAGUACCCGAAACCCCUCUUUCGAUUUCCGUCACAGGGAUCGGCUCAGGAGGGGGAUCCGGAGCGACGAACUCGCCGGUAACCCCCACAGGGGGGAUGAUCACGGGAAGCAGCAGCAGCACGAGCAGCAGCAGCGGGUCGGUCCCUGCGACUCCCAGCACGGCGUCUCGUUGGCGGCGGCUGCAUACCAAGCUGGCGCUACUCUCCCCGCGAAGCUCCUCCGGAAAGCUGCUAGAGCAACUGGUGACAAGCAACCAGAAGAAUGUGGAUUUUCACAAUGAUGUGAAGAAGCACAGGCGGUGGCCUCUGGCUGUUGUGAAGCGUAUCCACAUCACGAGGUAUCUGCUGCGGUUCUCUGCGGUUGAAAUCUUCUUCGCCUCGUCCUACGCGCCUGUGUUCCUGAAUUUCUCCUCGGUGGUUAAUGCUAAGGACGUGGCCACACGCCUGGCGAAUCUGACCCAUGUGAUUCAGAGGAACAGAGGCGGGGACAGGGAUAGGAGCAGCUCAGGCGGAGGCGGGGCAGGGGGAGGAGGUGGGGGCGCGGGCGUGGGAGGGAGCAUCUGGGACGGGGUUUUACUGGUGGAUAAGAGGAGGGCGUUGGAUCUUGCAGAGAGGGCCAAGGCUGCGUGGAGGAGGAGAGACAUGUGUAACUUUGAGUAUCUCAUGGUGCUGAACACGCUCGCAGGGCGAUCGUACAAUGAUCUCAUGCAAUACCCUGUGUUUCCGUGGGUGAUUGCGGAUUAUACCUCGGAGGAGCUGGAUUUGAACAACCCGGACACGUUCAGGGAUCUGUCGAAGCCCAUUGGUGCUCUCGAUGAGAAGAGGUUCCAGAUGUUUGAAGACCGGUACCACGGGUUUGCGGAUCCGGACAUCCCGAGCUUCUUCUACGGGUCGCACUACUCCACGGCCGGCAUUGUGCUCUUCUUCCUGCUGCGCAUGGAGCCCUUCGCCACACUCAACGUCUCGCUGCAGGGCGGUAAGUUUGACCAUGCGGAUAGGCUCUUCCACUCGGUGGCAUCAGCGUGGGCCAACUGCCUGUCCAACACCAGCGACGUGAAGGAGCUCAUUCCCGAGUUCUACUACUACCCCGAGUUCCUGGUGAACAAGAACACAUACUUCCUCGGCGUGCGGCAGGACGGGCAUGCGCUGGGGGAUGUGGUGCUGCCGCCCUGGGCCAAGGGCUCCCCUGAGACGUUUGUGCGGAAGUGCAGGGAGGCCCUGGAGUGCGAGUAUGUGAGCAGCCGCCUGCACGAGUGGGUUGACCUCAUCUUCGGGUUCCGACAGCGCGGCCAGGAAGCCAUUGACGCGGGCAACGUGUUCUACUACCUCACAUACGAGGGCUCUGUGGAUCUAGACGCCAUCACCAACCCCUUUGAGCGAGCCUCAGUAGAGGAUCAAAUCGCCAACUUCGGCCAGACGCCCCUGCAGCUCUUCCGCAAGCCGCACCCUCGCCGAGGCCCCCCCGUCCCCAUCCUCCGCCCGCUGCUCUUCUCCCCGUCCUCCCUCGAACUCACCUCGCAACUCCCUCCUCCCGUCCUCACCUCCUCUUCCGCCUCCUCCUCCGCCUCUGGUUCUGCCUCCACUGGUGGUUCCUCUGCCCUGACGUCUAUCCCGAGCGGAGGAGGAGGAGGGACAGGGGGUGGGGGGUUGGGUGUGUCUCUCUCUUCUUCUGGCUCGGGGCAGCCCGGGGAGGGGGAUGUGUCGGUGGUGUUUGUGGGACUGGUGGAUGGGAAGGCGGUGACGCUGACUGCUGGUCAGCUGCUGUCGCUGCGCUACUGGAUCUCGCCGUACACACAAUCUGGGGCCUCCUUCACGUUUUCAGGAUCUGUGGAACCAUACAUCGGUUUUGGAGAUUCCAUCUUCCUGCGCCGCAUAGGAGCGCCCAUCGCCAGCAGUGUGGAGGCCACUCCCAACUGCUUCGACAUCCUACAGCCGCCCUCGGCAGCCUCUGCCUCCGCGCCCUCGUACCUGCUCACAUGCGGGCACUGGGAUAACAGCUUCCGCUGCGUGUCGCUGUCCGAUGGCAAGGUUGUGCGCACCAUUCGCGCUCAUAAUGACGUCGUUACCUGCCUCGCUGUAUCGGCGCAGGGCACAUCAAUCGUGACUGGCAGUGCCGACACCACAGUCAUGGUCUGGGAAGUCGAGCGCACCGCCCGCAGCCGCCCGGAGCACGUCGUGUACGACAAGCCUCGUCUCGUUCUGUGUGGGCACGACGACGCCGUGACGUGCGUUGCCGUCCGCUCAGAGCUCGAUCUCGUGGUUAGCGGAUCCACAGACGGCACCAUCAUCCUCUACACUCUCCACCGCGGUCGCUUCUUGCGCUCCCUCGCUCUCCCCUCCACCUCCUCUUCCUCCUCGUCCCUUCGCGGCAACACCUCCGGCAGCACCACCCCAAAGAAAACCUUUACUACGAGCGCGAGCGGCCGUCUUCUCAGCAUUUCUCCCGUCAGCUCUCCCCGUUCCAUAUCCGCAGCAAGCGGGAAAAGCGGCAGCAGCACUCGAGCGGCCCGAGGCAGCCCGGUGCACAGCCUAGUGGUCUCCACCUCUGGGAUCAUCGUGGCUUACUCCGAAACCGACCUCUUGCUGCACUCCGCGUCUAUCAAUGGAGAAUGGCUGGCUUCUGCAGAUGUGAGCGAGCGAAUCGGAGCCAUGGCUACCACUGUUUGUGGCGAGUUCCUGGUCACGGGAGGGAGCUCGUUCGGCGGCGUGGUUGUGCGGUCGAUAUUCACUCUGGAAGAAAUCGUUCGGUUUGACGGGCAGGGUAUGCAAAAGUGGAUCACUGACUACCUCUCGUCGUCUACCACCGGCUUCACCUGCCUCGUUCCGCCCAAUGCCGCCUUCAGAACCGCCAAGCCCGCCACCCUGAAAACAUAUGCCAAGACCCCGGCCACUCUCCAGGAUCUGCUCAAGUUCGGCAUGCUCAACUUCCAGGCCGUUCCCCAGCGCCUGGCAAAGGACGCUGUCGGCCAGGGCUACGUCACCUUCAGCGGCACCGGCAGGCAGAUCCAGAAGUACAAGUCUGUCAAGCCCGGCGCCGUGACCGUGGGUCCUCAGUUCGCCCAGCAGGGUUACGAGCUGGCGAAUGUUACCAAGAUCCUGUACAGGGACCCCACGGCCAUCUGCUACGAAAUUGACAACGUCCUUAUUCCGAUCAAGUAA